CGGUUACACGGUGGCGCUCGUUCUUCCCAACGCAGAUCUCAAAACAUACCGAUAGGCUACUGGGCACGCAACUUAACGCCGCCAACUCGCCAGAUCGUUUGAAACGCAGCGGUGAGCGUAACUGUAGCGAAACAGCCUGACAACAUCCCUCACUGACUGCAGACAUGGCCGACAAGACGCCGAAGGAGCCCGAAGCUCCCUUUGCCACCAGAAUAGACCCAGCUAAAGAGGGUCUCUCUCCACAGCAGAUGCACUUCAUCAGACAAGUGGAGCGAGAACAGUGGAAGAAGAAAGCACAGAAGCUGCGGGGACGAAACACUUUCACGGGGCUUGCCAUCGGAGCAAUCGUUCUAGGAAUCUACGGCUACACAUUUUACUCAGUCUCCCAGGAGCGGAUCGUGGAUGAACUAGAUGAGGAGGCCAGGCGUGCGAGACUGCAGGGACCAAAGACCGGUGCCAACUGAGAUGCAUGAGUUGCCGGCCCGUUGCUGGACUGUGUGUCUGUCCUGCACUUAACCGAGAAGUGGACACUGAUGCCACUGAUUCAUAUUCCAUGACUGGCUGCUGUUUUUUCAUGUUGAGACAGCCCUGGACUUUCUUUUGUCUUGAUUAUGAAGGGUGAUUGUGUGGUUCUGCUGCUGACUUAAAACUAAACGUGCAUUGAUGAUGAUUUAGCUUGCCUGUCAGUGGAAAGGAUUAAUCCACUGACCCCAAUUAAUCCACUAGCCCAAAGGCUCUAAAGAGAAAUUGCAACCUUUACCUGACAGGUUUCCAGCCCUGAUCAUGUGAUGUGGAUACAGUUUGAGGGGAAUAAACUAAAUAUCGGUCAUCAGAUGAGUUAAAUCUACAGUGGCCUUUAACAGCAAAGGAUGCCAGUGACACAUGGAUCAACCUGUUGAAACACAUUAUUUAUGUCAGAAAAGUGAUGAUUUGUUAAAUAAAAAUCUAAUGUAUUUGA